AUGGCAUCAGAACCCAUUCUUGCCCGAGCAUGGAGGAACAAAGCCAUUGGAGAUUUGAUGGUCUGCCACUUGACAAAACGCGAUAUCGUCUUAUGUCGUUUGGUAUGCCAAAGUCUGGCCAUCCAUUUAGCACCACUUGUUUUCGCAGACAUCACGAUAACAUUCCGAAGUCGUGCAUUGAGCCGACCCUCUCGAGUGGCUGCUCUGGAACGCAUCGGAAACCACAUUAAAGCCGUCACCUUUAGGAUCUCACAUACGGCAGAAACGUUUCUUCCUCCGGUGCUAGACAUGGUCGCAGGCAUGGAACAGACAUUUGCAUAUAUGCCACAAGGUCACUGGAUCUCUUCUAAGAUCAUCAAGUAUGGGAGUCGCGAGAUGACCAAGCUGCUGAUCCAGCAAUACCCGCCAUUGUUCCAUGCCUCCACCGAUGUCCCUUCGUUUGUACAGGCUCUCUCUCUGAUGAAAUGCCUGCGUCAUCUUCGAAUCAACUGUGAAGGUCAACCUCCAAGCCAUCGGUACCGUCGCAGCGUGGUGGAUUAUGCAUUGAUAUCAUUGCGGAUUGCCGUCGAGCGAGCACCGUUGCAGUCCCUGGAGAGUCUCUCUCUGCUGUCAAUUCAUCCGGGGGCCGCACUUUAUCUGCGACCGGAUCUAGGGUUCGGUGCAUCACCUGCCUCUCGCAAGCGUUGGUCUCAGAUCCGGAGUCUGAUCAUCCAUAUGGAAAGCUUCCCCCACCACCCAGGAUUGCCAACCGAUCAUUUCAAACUGCUCCACGCCUAUCUGCAGAGUUUUCCCGAGCUUAGAAGAAUAACAUUUCAUUGGAAAGGCGAAAGGGGCCUUUCACCAUUAUCCCUGGCUACGGAGCCAUGUCUCCAGAACAAGUCUAAAGCCGCUCUGUCUCAACGCCGUCCUAGUCAUCAAAGGCUUUCUCUGAGUCCAUUGCGAUUCCGCCAUCUUGAAAAAAUGGAAAUGGUCAACGCAAUCACAGAUGCAUCACAGAUAGCCUCCUUCAUUUAUGACCACCGCUAUACUCUGCGGGAAUUCAAUUUCCAGAACACUACCCUGCGUAAUGGAACCUGGGACGACGCAUUGGCCCCAUUAACCCGACGCAAGGGGCCGGAGCCUUGGAAAGAAGAAGAAGAAGACUCCGAGAAAGGUCCCGUUGACGUGCCCAUUAUGUUGACUCCGGCAGGGAUCAAUCAGCAACAGUUGCAACGAGUACUUUGCGCUGCUAAACGACAGCGAGGCGGGAAAGCGGUGGGAAAAAGCCGAUCACAUGAAGCGGCUAUUACAUCGGUGUUGACUUGGAAGUGA